AUGAUUCCAAUUUUCUUCCUGGCCACACUCUGCUUGGGAGUGGUCCCAGCUGCCCCAACCCAUGAUCCCAGUUUGGAUGAUGAAUGGCAAGAAUGGAAGACAAGACAUGGGAAAACAUACAGCAUGGAUGAAGAAGGACAGAAGAGAGCAGUGUGGGAGAACAACAGGAAAAUGAUCGAGCUGCAUAAUGAGGACUACACUAAGGGGAAGCAUGGCUUCCACUUGGAGAUGAACGCCUUUGGUGACUUGACCAAUAUAGAAUUCAGGCAAUUGAUGACUGGCUUUCAAAGCAUGGGAACCAAGGAGAUGAACGUAUUCCAGGAGCCUCUGCUGGGUGAUGUCCCCAAGUCUGUGGAUUGGAGAAAUCUUAGCUAUGUGACUCCUGUGAAAGACCAGGGUCAAUGUAGCUCUUGUUGGGCAUUUAGUGCCGUUGGUUCCCUAGAAGGACAGAUUUUCCGGAAAACUGGCCAACUGAUUUCUCUGAGUGAACAGAACCUAGUGGACUGCUCCUGGUCAUAUGGCAACAUUGGCUGUUUUGGUGGCUUGAUGGAGUAUGCCUUCCGGUAUGUGAAGGAAAACAGAGGCCUAGACACAAGGGUGUCCUAUCCUUAUGAAGCACGGAAUGGGCCCUGCAGAUAUGAUCCUAAGAACUCUGCAGCUAAUGUCACAGACUUUGUGAAAAUCCCAAUUAGUGAGGAUGCCCUUAUGAAGGCUGUGGCCACUGUGGGGCCCAUCUCUGUUGGAGUUGAUAGUCAUCACCAUUCCUUCAGGUUCUACAAGGGUGGCAUGUAUUAUGAGCCACACUGUAGCAGCAGUAAUCUGGAUCAUGCCGUCCUGGUGGUUGGCUAUGGUGAGGAAUCAGAUGGCAAUAAAUACUGGAUGGUCAAGAACAGCUGGGGCCAAGGUUGGGGCAUGAAUGGCUACAUAAAGAUGGCCAGAGACCGGAACAACAACUGUGGAAUUGCUACAUAUGCCAUUUACCCUACUGUGUGAGCUUCUGGACAGCAACAAGGAAGAAGUGGGAACAGCAUGCUCUGAGCAGAUCUCCCCCCUUCACAGACCAGUCUCUGCUGUGGGGGUAAUGACAGCUGAGUCACUGAGGAUCCACACUUGAUGUGACUUUUGGGACAUUUCCUCUAGUUAAAUGUGA